AUGUCUUCACCAAUCAAGUCCAACAUUGCCAUCAUUGGAGGCGGACUCGCCAGCCUCACACUGGCCCUCUCACUCCACCAAAGAGGAAUCAAUUGCGUCAUCUACGAAGCCCGCCCCGAGGAUGCCACCACUCCCGGCGCAUUGAUGCUCUCCCCCAACUCCCUCCGCAUCCUCGACAACCUCGGCGUGUACGCCCGCAUCCGCUCCCAAGGCUUCAACUUCCAAACGGUCGAGUUCAAAAACGAGAAAGAAGAAACAACCGACUCGUACUACCUCGGCAGCGCCGCGCAAUACGGCUACGACUGCCUGCGCGUCUACCGGCAAACGCUGCUCCUCGCCCUCCGCGCCGCCGCCCGCGCCGCCGCCAUCCCCAUCCACUACUCCCACAAGUUCUCCCACAUCACAUCCGAGGACCCCACCACCGGCGUCGUCACCUUCGAGCUCGCCAAUGGCCUCGGCACGCGCACGGCGUCCCUCCUCGUCGGCGCCGACGGCAUCCACUCCAAGGUCCGCCAGCACCACGUCGCGCCCGGCACGGCGGCCACGUACGGCGGCCGCGUCGCCGUGACGUUCGCGACGCCCCGCGCGCGGGCGGGGCUGCCGGACGACUAUCCGGCCCCGUUCUCCAUCCACGGGGCCGGCGGCGCGUUCGUCAUGGCGCCGCAGACGCCCGACGGCGUGUCCGAGCUGCUGGCUGGCACGCAGAUCGCGUUCCCCGAGCAGGACCGUGCGGGGUGGGAGGCGCUGGCGGCGGAUAAGGAGAAGUUGGCGGGCUUGCUGCAGGCAGAUGCGGAGGGCAAGUGGUCGGUGACGCCGAGGAAGGCGCUGGAGGAUAUUCCGCUGCAGACGCUGGGGAUCUGGCCGUUUUACUUUGUGCCGAAGUUGGAGAGCUGGGCGUCGGCGAGGGAGGAGGGGGCGGGGCGUGUGGUUGUGUUGGGGGAUGCGGCGCAUGCGAUUCCGCCGACUGCGGGGCAGGGUGCCAGUCAGGCGCUGGAGGAUGCGGUGACGUUUGCGGAGUUGGUGGGGGGCUUUGAGGGGGCGGGAAGGGAGGAGUGGUUGAAGGAGGUGGCGAGGUGGCAGAGGUACAGGCAGCAGAGGGUUGAUAAGGUUAUUGUGCUGACGCUUCAGUUGAACAAUACGCGCCUCCCGGCUGAGGAACGGGCGAAGUUGAAGGACGGAGAAAUGUGGCAGAGCAGUGGUGAUGGCGAGCUGGCGUGGUUGUAUUCUGCGGACAUCGUUCGCGAACUACGGGAGUUUGAGGCUUAG